AUGGAGAGCCCAGAUAAGAAAUCUGCUCAAAAGUCGAUGAAGAGCGUUUCGCAGUCUGCAGUUUCAUCACCUAACCGAGGAUCGUCGAUGAGAAGUAGCAAUUCUUUUUAUGGGGAUCUUCAAAAGUGUUGGAUAAAAGAAAACACUAAGCCGUCGGAGUUUAGACUCCAUACUCAACAAAGAGCAGCACAGCGUGCGAUUUUCGACUCCUCCGUUUCAAUCAAGCUUUGCAUCAUAGAGCAACACAAGAAACAAGUAGAGAAAGUGCUCAAGGUAAUAGAGGAGGAAGAGGUAAAAAUGAUUAGAAAGGAGAUGAUUCCGAGAGCUCAAUUGAUGCCUCUUUUCGACAAGCCAUUCUUACCACAAAGAUCGACUAGGCCUUUGACAAUUCCUCGGGAGCCAAGUUUCCUUAUGACAACAAAUUGCAAACGUAGCAGCCGAAUUUCGUGCAGGUAAUAAACAUUUGCAGAGUUGGAAGGCGGCCCCGAUAAUAUACGAUACAUUGUUGAAUUUUUGGUGGUGUUGUUCUUAAUUUUCGUCUCUUUUGCUUACAUGAUUUUUUUGUAAUUGAGUAGUAAGUUCAUUGGUUUAGUUUUGAGUGGAAUAAAUGGACAUGUACUUCAAUUGAGUUCUAUUCUUAAGAUGUUUCUCAUGUGGCUUU